AAUCCUUCCAAUUAGAUGUAUUCAGCGGCUGCUUCCAGACGAAUUUUCUGCCAAUUGAAGAUGCAGGUAGCAUUCACUGCUGACUGCGGCGUGUUUUUGUUGCUGUUCGAAAGCAUGGCGGACUCGGACGAAGAUACCGACUCAUAUGUGGUUUUGGGAGAAGCCAUUGGCACUGUAUUACCCGAUGAACCACUGAAACGUCCACUGUCUGUAAAUGAAUUACCUGUUAAAGAUAACCAAGGUCGGGUUCGAUUCCAUGGUGCAUUCACCGGAGGAUUUUCAGCUGGUUACUUCAACUCAGUUGGUUCCAAGGAAGGAUGGGCACCAACUACAUUUGUAUCCAGUCGACAGAAUCGAAACAAGAAGAUAGUUCUGACUGCAGAAGAUUUUAUGGAUGAUGAUGACUUUAGUGAACAUGGGAUUGCACCAAGAAAAAUUGUCACAUCAGACCAUUUCAAAUCAGAAGAGGGAGCCACCAAAAGAAAGAAUUUAGCUAAUUCACUUUUAAGCACCAACUCAUUCUUGCAUAAUGUUGAUGGUGCUUUGCUUGACUUCAUUGUUCCAGAAAAGAUAUCAAUUGGAGUGAAGCUACUGCGAAAGAUGGGCUGGAAAGAAGGACAAGGUGUUGGACCGAGACAAAGAAAACGCAGAAAGAAGGAGUUAAAAUCAAGUAAUAAGAAGUUGUAUGGUUGUGCUGCAGUUCCAUCUGAUUCAGAUUCUGAGAUUUCAGAUGACAACUCCUUACAGCAUGUGGAAUUUGCACCAAAGGAUAUGUGUCGAAUAUCAUUUCAUGUCAAAGACAAUCUCCAUGGCCUUGGUUAUAGUGGCAUCAAUAUCAAGGCAGCCCUUCCUUCUACACAUGUUUCGCUAUUUUCAGAGCCUUCCAAAUAUAACAAGAUUACUGGAAUCAAGAAAAACAAGAGAGGCAUCAAAGGAAUUGCUUUUGGAGUAGGUGCUAUGGAAGAAGAUGACGAAGAUAUUUAUGCAGCUGACAGUUUAUCUAAGUAUGAUCAGUCUAUUGGGUUUGCUGAUGAAGAAGAUAAUCUACAUGGAUGGACGGCACCAGGUAGAAACAAGCCAGGACCUGCUCCUCCAAAUAAUUAUGUUGGUAAGAUAUUGGAAGGUUUCACUCUGUCAUCAAAACCUUUAACUCUGAAAGUUGCUUAUCAACCACCACAAAUCCCUAAGGGCUACCGGCCAUAUCAUACAUUUGAAAAGCUACCUUUAGAUAUUCAACAACCAUCUGAAACACUGAAACCUCAAAACAGCAUACUGAAUGCUCUUAGUCGCAGUAUUAUCAUUGGCGAAACAAAAACUACAGGAAGUGUUUUUGAUCUAAUCAGUAAAAGUAGCUUAAAGAACUUACCAAAAUUUGACAGCAGUAAAAUGUCGGAGAGUGUUGAUGAGAAAACUAAAUGUUCUAAUGAUGAUAUAAUAAUAAUAAUGAUUAUAAUAAUCAAAGUGAGUCAGACACGCAAACGCCAUCUAGUAGUCACAGAGAAGAAACAGAGAAGAUUGAAAAGGAUUCCACUAUUGCUGCUGAAAGUUCACCUCAGACCAGUCAAGUUAGGAAUGAAACCAUUUAAAAUCCAGUCAUCUCAGCCAUUGCAAACAUCUUCUGCACUACAAUCAGAUUUCCAACCAUUCUUGCAAGACCCUUUAAAACAAGAACGAUACAACAAGUACUUACUGUUGUUGAAGCAUGGUAAAGUUGAUCCAUACAGCCUUGUCUGUGAUUCUAACAUGACAGAAUGGGAGCAUGAAAUUGAAAAAGAAGAAUUCUCGAAAGCAGCAAAACUAUUCAAACCUCUAGCUGCUGCUAUGGCAUCUCGGUUCACCAAAGCCAAGUUCCAGGAUGAUGCAGAUUCUGUAGAGCUUCCUGAAGAUGUCACUGCCAAAAAGAAAGAUUUGUCAAAUGCAGUAGAAAUGAAACUAUAUGGAAAAUUAACACGGGAAAUAUUUGAUUGGCACCCUGACAAGUUGUUGUGUCGACGGUUCAAUGUUCCUGACCCCCACCCAGGGUCUGGUAUUAUUGGUGUACCAAAAGCAAAACAUGACAAAUAUUCCAUUUUUGAUUUUCUUGCACCACCGCCGGUAACAGAAGAGAAAAACAGAUGUCAACAAGAUGAUCCUGUAAAGAGCAGUGACAACACGGCAAAGAAUACCAGUGAUAAAACAACAACUUCUGCACCUGAAAAACCUUCCAUUUUCAGUCACCUAAUGGCUGAAAAGCCAGCCUCUACACCUUCCAUCUCUGAUAGUCCCAACAAAGAACCAGUGAUAACAUCAACCCCUCAACCAACUGUUGAAGAGGGAGAGAGGCCACCUAUGGAUCUCUUUAAAGCUAUAUUUGCUGACUCAUCCUCAGACAGUGAAGAGGAGGAAGAAGAAGAGAAGCCUGAGAGAAAGAAGGAAGAGCACAAAGAAGAAGAAAAGAAGAAAAAGGAAGAAGUGAAUGAAAAUGAAAAAAAUAGGGCAAAAGAAACUGAGUCCAAAGAGAAAGAAUUGAAGCCAACAUUACCACCAGAAACUUUUCAAGCACCUAAUCUUGAAAGAAAAAAAGAAAAUGCUGAAAGCAUAAAAGAAAAGAUCUCACCAUCUCACAGUUCUAAAGACAGUGAUUCUACAGAAAAUGAGGCAGCCUCAGUUGAAGUUUAUGGCCCAGCUCUUCCACCAAAGUUUACAACAAAAUCUCCAAGUUCAUCUAAUAAGCAACUGGAUCCAUUGGACAAGAAACUUCUUGGGUUCCUGAAGAAAUCUUCAUCAAAAAAGCACAGACACAAAAGUAAGCACACAUCAAAGAAGUCAGAAAAGGAUAAGCAUCGGCAAAGAAAAGAUAAAAAACAGAAAAAGAAAAAGAAGAAAAAGAAAAAACACUCGUCAUCAAGGACAUAUGAUUCUUCCAGUUCUUCAUCAUCAUCCGCAGACUGAGUUUUCUCAAUCAAUCCAUUUCACCUGCUGUCAUACCAUAUUUAUAACAAGAUGCUGCUUUUCCUGUGAUGUUCACCUGAAUUCUGUUUUCUUUUUUUUAAUGAAACCUCCUGCAACGAAACAGUUCUCUUGAAGCUAGGUGCUUAUUUCAUGACAAACCCAUCUGCAGCAGAAGUAACUGUUGGCAACUGCAAUAUGAGCAUUUAGGAACAGAAUUCAUUGAUUGGAUGUUUUGUUUGUCAAUAUCCAAACAAUAAAUUGUAAAUAUCUCG